AUGGCCGCCGUCGACAAGCCCGAGGACACUAGCCCAGCCAAAGUCAAGUAUCUCUGCUUGACUAUCUGUGGCUAUCGCAAGCCAGGCAUGAGUGAGGAGGACUACCAUAACCACAUGGUUAAUGUUUCGGCACCCAUGACCAAGGACCUCAUGGUAAAAUACGGAAUCAAGAGAUGGACGCAGAAAUAUAAGAUCCAUAAUCAAACAGCAACUCGCAAGCUAAUGACUCGGCUAUUUGAUCCCCAAAUGUGCAACAUCGCAGACUUUGACUGUUUUAGUCAGGUGGUCUUUGAGUCUGUCGAUGACUACAAGCGCAUGAAGCAGGACCCGUGGUACAAAGAGCAUCUCACGGGUGACCACGAAAACUUUGCUGAUACGAAGAAAAGCAUGAUGACAAUCGGGUGGAUUGAGGAGUUUGUGAGGGACGGCGAGGUCGUUGACGGCUUCAACCCGUGUUGA